CUUAGUGGAGGAGGGACUAUGAUAAAUCUUGGCUUCGUUGCCCUUUGACUUAAAAACACUCAAUUAUAGACUUUUUCGUGGGUUGUGAGUGUCACGUUUGGAAUUACUGAUUGUCUAAUUGUAUGGAAAUUAUCUGGAUCGAGUGACAUUUAAAUGCAGUGAGUGACUGGUCGGCGGCCACAGUGAUGGUGGGUGACAGGCGGCAUCCACUGCUGGCUCAGAUGCCCGCCCCGCCCACCCACGCCCAGAGACCGGGCAUGGUUGGGGUUCCGGGCGUGGGCGUCAAGCUCAUGCAGGAACCCGGCUUUGCCGCCCACGACUCCCACCUGUACGCCCACCGGGACCCCCAGCAGGCGUCUGGAGGCGUGAGGUACCGCGAGGAUCACACGGCGUCCUCGUCCUCGGCCUCGGCGCAGGGCCUCAGGUACUUCCACAUGGCCGCCGCCGCUGCAGGAGGCGCCGUCGGGGAGGACGAGGGCGGCAGGCGACAGAGGGCGCUGUCCCCGGGGUCGCAGCACUCGGCGGCCGCCACGUUCUUCGCAAGUGGUAGUAGUUGCAUCAAUAGCAGUAGCAAGAGUAGCAACAGCAGCAGUACGAGCAUAACACAACUGGCUAGGAAUCUUCUGAAGUCUUAUACCAAUCCCCAGUCCUUAGCCUUCGUGGGAACAGCUGAUUGGGGCUCAUGGCAGUUUCGGUAG